AUGGUCCGGUUCAAAAAUCGAUAUCUCCUUGUGGAAUUCCUCGUCCCAUCCACAUUAACUCCUACUGUCCCUAACCCUACACAACUAUCAGAAGAAGAAGCCCUCAACCUGAACCUCGAGUACACUCCCCAACAGGCGGCCGAAGAAGAUGAAGACGGUGAUGACGAAGAUGAUGAUGAGAUUGGAUUAUCGGCAAUACCUAAAAUACCAUUCCUGCUACCUACCUCCCAGCCAGCUUUGGGUAUAGGAGAUGAACAAGUGAUAUAUAAAGCUAUCAGGGGGUGUAUACAGGAUGUAUUUGGUGACGAAGGUUGGGCGAGGGUAGCUAGUAGUUUCAGAGUGAUAUAUCACUCCCCACUUACGACACUGACAUUCAUCCGAAUCGCUCGACCAUACUACCGUCUCAUAUGGUCCGGAAUCACCUUUCUCUCUUCCCUAGGCGGUAAACAGGUCAUACCCAGAGUAGUGGGCGUUUCAGGGACGAUCAAGAAGUUGCAAAAUCGAGGAAUCAGUUAUCAUCGAUUGGUAGUUGCUCAACUUAUCGCUCAUUCCCUCUCGUCUGCCGAUGAGGGGUUGAAGAUCAGUGGUGGAGGUGCGAGCGCGGGCGAGAAGAGGUUGGAGAAAGAUAGUGAGAGGGAGAGGGAGGAGAUUGGAAGGUUGACAGAAGGACAAUGA